GAAGAGAGCGCAAACUAAACACGGAGCUAUUUAUUUAUUCCUUCUUUAACGCCCUUUUCACUUCACACCCUUCGCAUUCUCCGCCACCUUCUCAACCCUCUCUUCUCUUUUUCACUCUCUUUCUCUUCGUCUCUCCACACAAACAACACCACCAACCUCCAUGGCGAUCAAUAUGCAAGCAUCACACUCUGUGCUCUCUCUCCGUCCUCAACUCAAUCAGCGACUGGCUGUCACUUCAACCGCCGGCCAAAGGUCUUCCUUAAUUUCAAGCUAUGGGAGAUGGAAUGUGUCUUUUAGCCCAAUGUCACGCCCAAUGCGCCUUACUGUUACCUGUGCUGCUAAACCACAGACAGUGGAAAAAGUGAGCCAGAUAGUGAAGAAGCAGCUGGCUUUAUCAGAUGACUCUAAUGUGACCGGCGAAUCAAAAUUUGCAGCUCUUGGAGCUGAUUCGCUUGACACGGUUGAGAUUGUGAUGGGACUCGAGGAAGAGUUUGGCAUCAGCGUUGAAGAGGAUAGUGCUCAGAGCAUCACAACAGUUCAAGAAGCUGCUGAUCUUAUCGAGGAUAUCCUGAGUAAACAGAGUCCUUAGACGAAAAAUGUUGCAGAUGUAAAACGCCUCUGAAAGACAUGCAUAGUUCUUAUUCAUACUGUUUUUUAGAAUGUGGUGGUCAAGUCUCUAGUGUUUUAUCUGCAUAGUUUGCUACUGUCUUGUUUCGUAGGUCUUAAAGAGCAAAUUAGCGAGCUACUUGUGUUUUGGAGAAAAUGGCUGUGUAGUCCGUUCUUACUUUCUUUGCUCAUUAAGGGCUUAUCAAAUUGUUUUAGUACUUUAA